AUGGAAAAUACAAAUAUCAGUUCGGGCUCUCUUGUAUACGUGACAGGCAACGUGACAGCCUCCGCAAAUGGAGUACCCGACUCAGCGUUUGUGGUGUUCGCCGUUAUACUGACAGUGAUUUGGAUUUUCGGAACCUAUUUCAACUUGGUCUGUAUGUUUGUAUUCUUGACGAACCGUGAACUUCGAACACAUACCAAUAAAUUCAUCUUUGCACUCAAUACGUGCGACUUUUUAAUUUGUUCUAUCGGUAA